AUGCCACAUACAAAGCGCGCCUGCUACGACCGCACACGGCUCUACUGGCUCGUCUACCUAUGCGACCACCACAGCUCCCUAAGCCACGGUCGCCCGCCACUAACCCGCGACUUUCAAUCAUUGCGUAAACCGCGCGAGUUCCUACAGAGCUAUUUCACCAACCCGUCUGAUUUGACACUUAUCAGUCAGGUGGAGAUGUGGUCGCUCAGCAGCAAAGUCUUUGAUAUGUUUGGCGCUGAUAUCGAGUGGCAUGUUGCUAGUCAGCGAGGUGCGGAAUUGGCUCAACUGAGUAAUUCGUAUGAGCGCUGGUCUGAGGAGUGGUUGGAUAUGCUCUCUUUCGGCGAUCCAUCGACGACGAAUACGUUCUCGUGUCGGGUCUUCGAUCUUUAUUUCCACUCUGCAAAGCUAUACCUCUACUCGCAUAUCUUCCGUGGUCCGUCCCCGGAGGAAGAUACAAGGUCAAAACUAUCGGCUGAGUCCACGACUGGGGUGAAUAGGUUUGUUCAGGGAGCUCUGAAAAGCGCCUUGUCUAUCGUCCGCUGUAUAGUCGAUAACACCCAGCCAUGGCCAUGGCUUGAAACCCUUCCGGUAUAUCUGGGGGCAAUGACUGCAUUCGCCUGUGUCGUUUUGGUGAAAGCAUCACGGCAUCAGGGAGUCUUGUCCCAAGAUAUGUUGCAAACCGGUGUAGAUGUCCCUGGUUACCUGCGUCGACUGGUCCAAGUACUUCGGGCGUCACCGGUUGUGGACUCACCGACUCAUCCUUUGUUGAAUAUUGCGCGGAGUCUGGAGGUAGCCACGAACGGAGAGCAACAGCAGGAGCAUAGUCACCAGACUACUUCUUCUGCGUUGUCUUGGGAUUAUAUCCCGGACUUGGACAUGGAUUUUGGGUGCUUUGAUCUAUUUACGAAUGAGGAGGCUUUGGAUUCCUCUGUUCAGGGGGCUGUGUUUACGGAGGUAUAA